CCCCGGGAAACCGAUACAGCGAGCCGGGCCAGGGCCCGCGACGGCGAGGCGGACCCGCUCCUGCGUAGCGCAGGUUCCUGUGCGGACCUCUCCGCACCUCGCCAUUUGACCACCUCCGCUCCACCCUCCAUCCCCGGCAGAGACCCCGCCCAGAAGGGGCGCCCCCUUGCCGGCCACUGGGUCCCCGCUUCGCUCCAGGGCCGUUUGCAGACGCCCGGCCCAGCUGCACCUGGGCUAUUCCCGCCCGGGGCGCCAUCCCUUGCACCGCCAAGAGAACUUUCCCGGGAGCCGCUGCGGCCUGGCGCGCCCAGGGCAAACCCCACCAGCCCGCCGGCCGCGUUCCCAGCCGGGGCGGCCGCUCCUCCGCCCGCAAGUUCCCCGACUGCCCGCUUCUCUGAAUCUCCCGGGGAAGCAGCACUCCGCCGCCCGGGCAGAGGGUUCUCGGAGGGAAAGCUUCAACUUGGCCACACGUAGCCCCGUGAUGAACUCGGGGAUCCCCAGACGGGAGCUGCGCCCCGCGACGAGCUGACCUCCACUCGCCGGUCGCGGGCUGCGGUUGGGGCCGCGGCCCCCCCGCCUUCGGAGGAGCCGGAGCCGCAGGAUGCGCGGGGACGCGCCGCCGCCCUCUGCGCCCAGUUCCUCCGGCGCUUCCCUGGCCGCUCGCGGGCGCUGACUCUCUCCCGGGCUUCCCCGCCCUCCUUACCUUACGUCCGCGCCGGGCGGCUGGUCCGCGCCGCGCUGGACCCCGCCGGGAACUGGUCCUCUCGCCCUCGCCGCGGUGCGGACAAUAACUUAAUGCCUCGCGCUUGAGGGGAGGGGGCGGCUCGGCACCUGGGUCGCAGCUUUCUCCCCUGGCUGAGGCCGGUCACAGCCGACAUGGGCUGUUUCUGCGCUGUUCCGGAAGAAUUUUACUGCGAAGUUUUGCUUCUGAAUGAAUCCAAGUUAACCCUCACCACACAGCAGCAGGGCAUCAAGAAGUCAACGAAAGGUUCCGUUGUCCUUGAGCACGUAUUCCGUCACAUAAACCUUGUGGAGAUAGAUUAUUUUGGGCUGCGUUACUGUGACAGAAACCAUCAGACGUAUUGGCUGGAUCCUGCGAAAACCCUAGCUGAACACAAAGAACUGAUCAACACUGGACCUCCGUAUACUUUGUAUUUUGGUAUUAAAUUCUAUGCCGAAGAUCCAUGUAAGCUUAAAGAAGAAAUAACCAGAUAUCAGUUUUUCUUGCAGGUGAAGCAAGAUGUCCUUCAGGGCCGGCUGCCCUGCCCCAUCAACACUGCUGCUCAGCUGGGAGCGUAUGCCAUCCAGUCGGAACUUGGAGAUUAUGAUCCGUAUAAGCAUACUGCGGGGUAUGUGUCAGAGUACCGGUUUGUUCCUGAUCAGAAGGAAGAACUUGAAGAAGCUAUAGAAAGGAUUCAUAAAACUCUAAUGGGUCAGGCCCCUUCUGAAGCAGAGCUGAAUUACUUGAGGACUGCUAAAUCCCUGGAGAUGUACGGUGUUGACCUCCAUCCUGUCUAUGGAGAAAACAAAUCUGAGUAUUUCUUAGGAUUAACUCCGGUUGGUGUUGUUGUCUACAAGAAUAAAAAACAAGUGGGGAAGUAUUUCUGGCCUCGGAUUACAAAGGUUCACUUCAAGGAGACACAGUUUGAACUCAGAGUACUGGGAAAAGAUUGCAAUGAAACCUCAUUCUUUUUUGAAGCUCGAAGUAAAACUGCUUGCAAGCAUCUUUGGAAGUGUAGUGUAGAACAUCAUACAUUUUUUAGAAUGCCAGAAAAUGAAUCAAAUUCAUUGUCAAGAAAACUCAGCAAGUUUGGAUCCCUGAGUUAUAAGCACCGGUAUAGUGGCAGGACAGCGUUACAAAUGAGUCGAGAUCUUUCUAUUCAACUUCCCCGGCCAGAUCAGAAUGUGGCAAGAAGUCGAAGCAAGACUUACCCUAAGAGAAUAGCACCAACACAGCCAGCAGGAUCAGACAGCAUGAAUCGGGUAACUGCGAACAUGGAAAAUGGAGAAAAUGAAGGAACAACUAAAAUUAUCGCACCUUCACCGAUAAAAAGCUUUAAGAAAGCAAAGAAUGAAAACAGCCCUGUUACCCAAAGAAGCAAAUCUCAUGCGCCGUGGGAAGAAAAUGGCCCCCAGAGCGGACUCUACAACUCCCCGAACGACCGCACGAAAUCCCCCAAGUUCCCCUACGCGCGCCGCCGAAACCCCUCGUGUGGGAGCGACCAUGACUCUGUACAGCCCACCAGGAGGAGGAAAGCCCAUAACAGUGGUGAGGACUCAGAUCUAAAGCAGAGGAGGAGGUCGCGCUCACGCUGUAACACAAGCAGUGGUAGUGAAUCAGAAAAUUCUAAUAGAGAACACCGGAAAAAGAGAAACAGAAUACGGCAGGAGAAUGAUAUGGUUGAUUCGGCGCCUCAGUGGGAAGCUGUACUAAGGAGACAAAAGGAAAAAAACCAGGCGGACCCCAACAACAGACGAUCCAGACACAGAUCUCGCUCGAGAAGUCCCGAUAUUCAAGCAAAAGAAGAGUUAUGGAAGCAUAUUCAAAAGGAACUUGUGGAUCCAUCUGGACUGUCAGAAGAACAAUUAAAAGAGAUUCCAUACACUAAAAUAGAGACUCAAGGUGACCCAGUCCGCAUCCGGCAUUCUCAUUCACCUCGAAGUUACCGCCAGUAUCGCAGGUCCCAGUGUUCAGAUGGAGAGCGAUCUGUUCUCUCAGAAGUGAACUCAAAAACGGAUCUUGUACCUCCACUUCCUGUGACCCGAUCUUCAGAUGCUCAGGGUUCUGGUGGCUCCACAGUUCAUCAAAGAAGAAACGGGUCUAAAGAUAGCCUGAUUGAAGAAAAAUCUCAGACAUCUACAAGCAAUCUGGCUGGAAAACACACAGCAAAAACAAUAAAAACUACCCAAGCUUCACGCCUCAAGAUAGAGACUUAAUCCUAGUGAAGGGCUAGGGAUGGGGGGGGGGCGGUGGGAAGGGUGUGUGUGCCACCUUUACUUUGAAACUGUGAAUUAUAAUUAUUCAAGUAUCUUGGACCUGCAGAAGUGUUUCUUCAGAAGAAAAUAAUGGAGUCUGUUGCAUCUUUUAAAGGUCUAACUACAGUAUAUUUGUGCCUAAGGGCCUUUUAAUUUGGUAACUGGAAAGACAGUAUUUUAAAACUUAUUCACUUGAUGCCGUGUUUUCCUUCCUGGAAACUCCCAAGUUAUCUUGUGUCUGCCACAACCAACACCAGAUGCUUCGGUUCAAAGUUCUGGAAUCCUGGACUGCAGCCGGCUAGCUGUGCAGUAGUACACCAAGUGGGAUGAAAAGGUUCUUCCCAACUCUGGGUGGAUCUCUGCCUGCUGCACAAAUGCAUGACUGAAGCGUCACUUUCACACUGCAGAUGUUUUUAUUCACAUAAAUGUUCUUUGUAAUACUGUACUUUGUGGCAUUAAGUUCCACCGAUUAUUUGCAAAUGUAAAAAAAAAGUUUGUUAAGUGCUGCUUUUAAUUUCUCGUGUCCUUGUCUUGUGCUUUCAGAAAAAAAAAGGCUAUGUGUGGGUUUCAGUUGACCUCAGCUUAUAAAUUCAUGACCCUCAACCUGAAAUGGUCCCUCCAGUCUGCCUGGCUAAUUCUCCCCAAAUACUAUUUCAGACAUAUCCUCU